AAAUUCAAAGUUGGUUUAUUUUCCAGUGACAAUGAGUGACAGCUGGGCCUCUAGUAAAUUUGGAAGAAUCCUCACUGGCGAGACUUCUGAAAACUAUAUACGGACAUUUGCAGGAGAAAGACAUGCAUUGAAUACUUGGAAUCGUUCAUUCAAAGAAAGUCAUUCAAGUAAACCUAGCAAUGUUCCCUAUGCGUCUAAUGUUGUUUUGAAAUUUGGUUGUGAUGUUUGUGGUAAACGAUUCAAAGAUUCUCAAAAUCUCAAGAUUCAUAUGAGGAUCCAUACUGGAGAGAAGCCAUACCAGUGUGCAUUGUGUUUAAAGCGUUUCAGACAACACCAACAUCUUAACACACAUAUGAAAGGAGUGCAUAGGCAAUAG